GCGAAGUAUGUAUUAAGCAUAGCCCACUGCAUGUACCCGUAGAGCUUCUUUAGGUAAUUCGUAGCGCCCUUCGCGUCAAUGCAAGCAUAGCGACAAGCACUUCGUAAGCAAGACGACUGAAGGUGUUCUGAAUACGCUUAUAUUAUAGAGACAUCUUCAAGACAAAAUUAGCUUGAAUUGGGUAACAAAUAAUCUGUUCGGCUAGGGCGGUAGUCAUGAAGCUCACACAGCUAGCAAGACGUCAGGCGUCUUUGCCAUGUCCAAGGCGUGGUGGAGAGGUCUUUCUACGAGCGCCUGCUCGCGUCAUUAUGCGCGCGAACGUAACUGAGAAAGAUGCCGAACAGGCCGCUGCUGAUAGCGUGGAGACGGGGCUGGCCCAAAUCACCAAACAAAUCCUGCAGACCGAUCCGGAGGCUCGAGAGAGCCUGAGGAGAUACGAGGAAGCGGUGGUCCGUCUAGAGAAGGCCAAGGCGGCGAGUGAGGAGCUGGACCGCAUGUUCGCGGAGGCCUCCCGGGGGGCGGCGGCCAGCGACCAGCAGGACGAGCAAACAGAGCGCCAGAAGGCCAACGAGAGACUGGCUGAGGCGGAGGUGGCGGCGGCUGAGCGGCUGGUGGCAGCGGCGGAACUCGAGUUCGAGACGGCUCGGCGGCAGCAGCAGCAGUGGGCGGCGGCUGCGGGCAAGGGUGCGGAGCGGCUUGAGUCUCUCAAGGCGGCUGCGGUGGCGGCGGG